AUGCUGGGAGAUCCGCUUCUCAAGGGUCUUUGUGCCAUGGAUGAAAACGGAAUCAUUAUUUUUGAACUGCCUCUGCUCACCACCAUGUCCAAAGCACACCUCCUGCUGCUCUUGGCUGCCCUGGUACUGACCAGCCAUGUAUAUGGAGCCACACUGAGAAAUGAAGACACUUGGAAGCCACUGAGCAACCCCAGAAACCGAGAACUGUUUUUCAGAAGCCUCCAGGCCUACUUUAAGGGCAGAGGACUUGAACUUGGGAACCUUCCAAAUACCUUCUUUAUGAAUGAGGACCCCAGACCUUUCUCUUUCGGGUCAGAACAUAUUGCUUCUGCUUUUGCAGACUAUGAAGAGCAGAAAAACUCCCUCCAUAAUUCCCACAAAGGCUGA